UCUCCUCUCAGUGGUUGGUUGGAGCAAAGCAGCACAAUUUGAAAACGUUUCCUAACUGCUGUGUGUUGUGUGCAGAAGAAGAGGGAACACCGACGUCUAAACAUAGCAAAAACAAGUCAUGGCACCAAGAAAGAGAACCACGAAUAAGAAAAACAAAAACAACCCAAAGACAGCGAAAUUAGAGGCGUUUCUUGCGGAUUUCGAUGGCGAAGUUCAGACAAUUUUGGAGCGUUUGAGGGAGAAGACCAACAACCUGCUGAAGGAUGCAGAUCACUUUUACAACAUGGCUCUGAUCAAGCUGCCCAAGAGUGUGCGACAGAUGAACGGGCUGGAGUAUUUUGGUUCUAUGAAAGUCAACGUACCAGCAGUGAUUAAUGACACAUCUGCUGAGGAGGCAGCGAAGGUGGAGAGCACGUUGGCAGAGGACCAGACUAAGACCAUCAAAAAGCCCAAGUCCCAGCCCAGAGUGAAAUCCGACGGCGAUGAGGAAAAUGUCCCGCCAAAAACAACAAGGAAGCCUGGUAGACCCAAAAAGGUUCCCACCACCUCCCAGAAGAACAAGGGUUCUGUGAGCAAGAAGAACAGUGCCAUCACCAAGUCCUCCAAGAAGCAGCUGUACACUCCAGCCCGCAGCUUCCUGGAGACGUCCCUGAUGGGGCCCACGCCGCUCAUCACUCCUCGCUUCGACUCCAGGCUGCCCAAGACCCCUGCCCUGCGUAACCCUAAGCACAGGGAGAAGGUGUACAGCAUCUCUGUUAACGGCUCCCCCAUCCAGGGAGGCAUGGAGGACAUCGUCAUCAACGUCCCCAUCGGCAAUGGAGAGUGCAUUCAGCUGCUGGCUAGUGAAAUGGACUCUGUUGACCUCAGCCAACUGGACGAGAAUGCUCUUAAAAGCAUUAGACAGCUACAGAAUCGGCUCACAGCACUUUGCGGAACAUCCAAAUGACCACACCGUUUUUAAAUGAGAGUUUUACAUAUUUUUAGGAUUUAUUUUAUUCUUUCAACCCUUUUACUGUUGACAUUUUACCCUCAUUGUAUUUCUUUUUUUCCCUGCCCAUCUAUUUUCUUUUAUUUUCAUGAGUGUCAUGAGCAUCUAAAUCAAAAAGGAAAAAAAAAAAAUCUGUACACUUUCAGGUUUCAUUUGGCAUCUGGUGUUUGUGGUUUUAUAAUUCCACACGUGGAUGAAAAGGGGAAAUGGCAGUUGCUUUGAAACAAAACCAUUUUUGACCAAUUGCUUUUUCAAAAACAACCAAUUUUUACUUUAAUGAGUGCUGCUCUCAUCGUCAUGGAAAUGCUGCUUGAUUACAGCAGCAACUUGCUUUUUGCUCUUUCAUUGUACAGAACUGUAAAUAUGAACAUGUUAGUUAGAUGUAUUCGUAGACGUAUAACAGUGACUUCUGGUUUGUUGGUUGUCUGAUCAAGUAUGGUUCUACUUUGAGUUUCCAAACAUGUAAUCAUCUGUCAAAUAAACCUCUUGUGUGUUUGUUUUCCUGAA